UCGCUUGUGUUAAGACUCUCCUCUCCUUCUCGCUGUGUGCAUGUUCCUGUGUCUCAGCGAGACGCGUUGCACUGGAUGAAAUAUCAUCUCCUGUUGGACUCGGCUGCCCACUCAGACUCCAUUGACCAGCCCACAUAGGACCACAACCCCAGAGUGAGUGGAGGGGGGAUCUGAUCGUCCAUCAUCUCGUGCGCCGUCACAAGGUGUGUGAUAUGUGUACACGAUGAGCGGACUGGGGGAGAACUCCAUGGAGCCUCUGAACUCAGAAAACCGGAAACGCAAGCUCUCCACUUGUGAAACGCCUGGUUUGGGGUGUGACAGGAAGCGACGGGAGCAGGAGAGCAAAUACAUAGAGGAGCUGGCAGAGCUGAUCUCCGCCAACCUCAGCGACAUCGACAAUUUUAACGUGAAACCAGACAAAUGUGCCAUCCUCAAAGAAACGGUGCGCCAGAUUCGCCAGAUCAAAGAGCAAGGAAAAGCUUCAUCCAACGACGACGACGUCCAAAAGUCAGACGUGUCCUCGACAGGUCAGGGGGUCAUCGACAAAGACCACCUGGGGCCGCUCUUGCUGCAGGCUCUGGACGGCUUCCUGUUUGUGGUGAACCGGGAAGGCAGCAUCGUGUUUGUGUCGGACAAUGUGACGCAGUACCUGCAGUACAAACAGGAGGAGCUCAUCAACACCAGCGUGUACAAUAUUCUUCAUGAGGACGACAGGGAGGAGUUUCACAAGAACCUGCCCAAGACCAACAUAAAUGGAGUGUCGUGGGGAAACGAGGCGGCCCGACAGAAGAGUCACACCUUCACUUGCCGAAUGCUGGUCAAGUUUGGCCACGCCCACGGCCCCAUGGAGGACGGGCCAGGAGGGCCACGCUACGAAACCAUGCAGUGUUUUGCUCUUACCCAGCCCAAGGCCAUGAUCGAGGAGGGGGAAGAUCUCCAAUCAUGUAUGAUCUGUGUGGCCCGUCGGGUGACAGCCAUGGAGAGAACGGAGAGUUUCAAUACCCGGCAUGAGCUCUCAGGUAAACUGAUCCAGAUUGACCAGAACUCUCUGCGAGCGUCGAUGCGUCCAGGCUGGGAGGAUUUGUUGAGGCGUUGCAUUCAGAUGUUCCUUCAGCACAGUGACGGGCAGCCCUGGUCGCACAAACGCCACUACCAUGAGGCCUUCCUGCAGGGUCACGCAGAGACACCCUUGUACCGCUUCUCUUUGUCCGACGGCACUCCGGUCACAGCCCAGACCAAGAGCAAACUGUACCGUCACCCCAUGAGCAACGAGCCGCAAGGCUUCAUCUCCACUCACCUACUACAGAGGGAACCAAACGGCUACCGCUCGGCUCAGGGUGGGAACAUGAUACCGAACACUAUGAGACAACAGGGCAUGGGAGGCCCUAACCCGAAUGCCCAAAUGAACAUGAACACAGGUGGGGGGAUGGGCAUGGGGGGCAUGAGCAGGGGAUUCGGCAUGACCGAGCAGAGCCACAUGGGUCACAUGGGUCCGAUGGCAGGCGGCUCUAUGUAUGGAGGGAGCGGUGGUGGAGGAGGAAGUGGAGGUGGAGGCAUGGGCAACCGCAUGAUGCAGAUGAAUCCGAUGGGGCAGAUGAAUCAGGUGGGGCACAUGAAUCAGAUGGGUCCCAUGAGUCACCCGGGCCAAGGCAUGCAGCAGCACCCACAGCAGCCCCCGUUUCAGAGCAGCGGAGGGUUUGGGCUGAGUGGCAUGAACAGCCCUUCAGGAAGCCCCAGAAUGGCCGGCCCCCAGCAGGGACUCCUGAUGUCACCCCGCAACCGAGGGAGCCCAAAGAUGGGCACCAACCAGUUCUCACCUGGAGGCAUGCACUCUCCCAUGAGUGGCAUUGUCAGUGGUGGAGGGGGUGGAGGGAGCACCACCACCUUCUCCAGCAGCUCCCUAAAUGCCCUACAAGCGAUCAGUGAAGGAGUAGGGAGCUCCCUCCCCUCAACCCUAACGUCGCCCUCGCCAGCCCACAAACCAGACAGCUCUCCCAGCAUCCACUCCUCCUCUGCCUCUCAGCCCAAUCAGCCGGCCAAGCCAGGCCAAGAUGGCUCUAAAAGCCCGGCGGGAGGCUUAGGGCCCGGCCCCGGCCCCGCCGACCAUCACCAUCCCAUGCACCAUCACCACCAUCAUCAGCAUCCUCAGGCUGAGAGUUGUGAAAACCGACCAGACAGCCAGGCAGCUACAGCGACUAAAGAGUCUGGAGAGGGAAGCAACGAGGCGGGGGUGGCGAGCUCUGAACCUCCUCGGAGGAUACCAGACAGUAAGGGGCAUAAGAAGUUGCUGCAGCUGCUGACUUCCCCAACUGAGGAGCUGGGAAUCGGUGGCAGCGGGUCAGCAGGGCCCCCUGUACCUCCCCCACCAACCAGCAGCAGCACUCCUACAGGCUCAGACAUUAAGGACCCCACUGGAGGCAUGACGAGCCCCUCGUCUACCGGGGUGUCCUCCUCUUCCUCAGCCAGUGCCAAUCCAGGCCAGGCGACCGGGCCAGGGGGUUUGUCAGCAUCACUUUCGUCAGCCCACUACACAGGCUCCCUGCAAGAAAAGCACAAGAUCCUCCACAAGCUUCUUCAAAAUGGAAACACUCCAGAUGAAGUAGCUAAGAUCACAGCCGAGGCUACAGGAAAGGUGACACUGGGGGGCCAGGAGGGCAGCGAGACUGGGGCCGGAGGAUCAGGGGCCGGGCCGGGGAUGGUCACGGAGCCGAAGCAGGAGCAGCAUAGCCCCAAGAAGGAGAAGACCCAUGCCCUCCUCCACUACCUCCUCAACAAGGAUGAUUCCAAAGAGCCAGUAGAUGUAAAGCCUAAACUCGAAGAGCUAGAUGGGAAGGGAGCCCCAGGGGCCGCUGGCGGCCCUGCACGCGGCCCUGGAUCUGGGCCCGGCCCUGCACCCGAACAUCCAGAGAGCAAGAUCAAGUCAGAGCCACCCGAUGAUUUGCACAACCUGGAGUCUAUCCUCGGAGAUUUGAGGGGUUCAAGCUCUGACUUUUACCCGGAUCAGGCUGAAGGUGGAGGGGCUAAUGACAGAGGAAGCAAACCCCAGGGUUGCCUUGACGACAGCCUGCAGGGAAAUCCAGGAAUGGGCCCGGGGCCUCGGGGGCCAUUCCAGAGGGCCAUGUCCAUGGACGGGAAGCCUCCUGUCGGGCCUGUCGGAGCAGGUAGACGCCCCAUGCUUAUCAAGCAGGAGAACAUGAUGGGCAGCCCAGACGGCUACCCAGGAAGCAUAGGACCAAUGAAUAGGGGCAUGGUUCCCCAGAGGUCUCCCAUGGGGGGGUCAGGGGACUGGGGCAUGUCCCGCUCAGGUGCCAGCCCUGUGGGCUCAGCAGGACACCCUUCCAUGAUGCGCCCGGGCAUGGAGUACAACAAUAGCAAGGGCAUGAUGUCAGGACCUAUGGUCGGCCGCUCCAACAGCGUACCGGGCACCAGGUCUAUGCUGCAGCAACAGCUCAUGGAUAUGGGAGGCUCUGCUGACAUGGGCAUGGGUAUGAGCCCCUUCAGCCAGCAGGGCCAGCCCAACCAGUCCCCCACCUGGCCGGACGCUAUAUUGGGCAUGGAGGGUAACAGACGCCAGUUUGGAAACACCUUAGAUGAUCUUCUGGUGCCUCCCACCACCAGUGAGGGUCAGAGCGAUGAGCGGGCGCUUCUGGACCAGCUGGACUCUCUGCUGAAUAACACGGACGGCAUCGCUCUGGAGGAGAUAGACCGAGCUCUGGGCAUCCCAGACCUCGUCAGCCAGAACCAGGGAAAUGAGCAGCAGCUGGAGUCCUUUCCAGGGCAGGACCCGUCCAUGGUGCUGGACCAGAAGCCUCACUAUGGGCAAGGCUAUCCCGGACCGCCCACUAUGCCUAUGCAGUCUGGCUAUGGAGGGAACCCCAUGCAGGGACAGGCCCAGCCUGGGUUUGGUCCCAUGCUAUCUCAGAUGGGCCAAGGUGGCAGCUACCCUGGGAUGGGUGGAAUGGGCGGCAUGGGUCACCCUCGUGCCAACAUGAUGAGACCCAGGAUGAUGACUGCCAACAAGCCCAUGAGGCUGCAGCUGCAACAGAGGCUGCAGGGUCAGCAGUUCAUGAAUCAGGCGCGGCAGGGCAUGGCCAUGAAGAUGGAGAACCCAGGAGGCAACCCUGGCAUGAGGCCCGGCAUGCAGCCUGCCAUGGGAGCACAGCCGGGCUUCCUGAAUGCUCAGAUGAUGGCUCAGCGCAGCAGGGAGAUGGUCACUAUGCAGAUGAGGAGGCAGCGCAUGAUGAUGCUGAUGCAGCAGCAGCAGCAACAGGCGGCGGCCGCCGCCGCUGCUGCAGCCGCAGGAGGAUUCAGUCCCCCUCCAAAUGUCACAGCUCCUGGUGGCAUGGAGAACCCGAUGGGAGGGCCAAACAUGGGCCAGCCGGGCCCCCAGCAGUUCAGUUAUGGUGGGAACUAUGGGAUGGGCCAGCAGGGAGACCCCUCAUUCGGCCCAUCAGGCGGCAGUCCUCCUAACGCCAUGAUUCCCGGUCGCUUGGGACCUCAAAACCCCAUGAUGCAACAGCACCCGCAGGGCGGUCCCAUGUACCAGGGGGCAGAUAUGAAAGGCUGGUCGCAGGCAGGCAUGGGACGCAGCAGUUCGUACCCUCAGCAGCAGUUUGGGCAACAGGGACCACCGGGACAGCAGCAGUUUGGGCAGCAGGGGAAUCUAGGCCAGUAUGGCGGCAUGAUGAUGAACGGGGGCAUGCCAGCCAGCGGAGGAGGAGGUCAUAUGGGCCAGAUGGGCAUGAACCCAAUGGGGAUGGGACGCAUGCCGAUGGGGCCCGAUCAGAAAUACUGCUGAGCAUCGUGACAGAAGCAUUAGUCUCACUGUGAUCUCCAUUCAGAGAGGACACGGCUGCAGCACUGGAGUGUGUGGAGGAGCAGGCGGUGUGUGUCUGUGUGUAGUGCUGCACUCCCACCAGACGGGGGAGUGAACUUCCUCUGGACUCACGGCCAGUAAUGAGGGAAAGCAAACGGACUGUCACAUACAUGCGUGAAAACACACACACACCACACACACACACACACACACACACACACACACACACAAAUCCUCAGACUGCCCUGUGAUUUCUCUCGUAGACUGUAGAUUAAUAUUCCUCUCUUUAUGAGUGCUGUGUGUGUGUGUGUGUGUGCUUCAGUAAACACACUACGCUCGCUGGACCAAACAGUGAAGGUGGCCGGACACUUCAGUAGAUCACAGACUUGAACAUGGACGAACAUGUUAAGACAUCCUCUCCUCUGUCGAAUGUACCAUGAAGCUGUGUUCAGAUUUAUAUUGUGGGACUCCUCUCUUGUUUCUGAACUUCGUGGGAUUUUUUUUCACCCGCCGUCUCUCCGCUGCUCCUGGAGGAAUCUCUACGUACGUAAAGUAAACGUGGCUCUACAUGACGAGCCAUCAGAUUGUGACACUCUGAUGAAUGUCAGUAAGCAGUAGCACAUUGUUUCGUUCUCCAGGACGCCGCUGGGAAAAAGUACGAGUGAAUUACUUGUUGGCUGAUUGCACUUUAUGGAAAGGCUAACAUCAAAAGGAUUGUGGCAAUAUAGAGGCCUUUACCCAAGAAUAAUGCAUAGCAGCAAUUGUUUAAUUUAGUGUGUGUGUGUGUGUGUGUGUGUGUGUGUGUGUGUGUGUGUGUGUGUGUGUGUGUGUGUGUGUGUGUGUGUGUGUGUGUGUGUGUGUGUGUGUGUUCUCCAACUUUUCCUCUCUGGGUAAUGGGGGCUGUUCUUUGGAAAUGGGUAACCUUGAUGAUCUUUGUUCUAAAGUGGGAACCAGUAGAAAGGCAGCAAGCACAGAUUUUAUCAAACGCUCUCGUCUACAGUGGUACCGAUUUAUUACAACAAGAGAAACAAAACCGUUUUUAAGUCAUUUUAAAAACACUCUUAAAACAAACCGACUUCUAUUAAUGUUCAAAACUCCACUUAUAUUUAUACAGAUUCAUUCACGUGAUCAUUUUGUCAUUCCAGAGGUCAUUUUUAAAUCCAAAUGUUGCAGAUAUUUUGGUUACCUCGCGCCAAUUUACAGUGUUACUACAAAUGCAGGAAUAAAAUUGAUUGCCAAUUAUGAAAUUAUGUCUAUAUUAGCUCCCACUGUAAGAGAAAAGUGUAUGUUAGAUUUCUAGCAAUAAUCCUUCCUCCUGGUUUUCCUCUGAGGACAAAGCUGAAGUAUCAUUUACUCAAUGCGACGGCACUGCAGUAUUAGACAUGAUGUCUUGUUUGGAGCUUCUUUUUUUUUCUUUUGUCUUUGAAUAUGAAUUGUAAAUAUGCUUCAAAUGUACUAUAUAUAAAUAUAUAUAUGCUUUUGUAGGUCACAUACUGUUUUUGCACAGAUUGUAAGGCUUGAUAUUUAAAAGUGUAAUUUUCUUAAUCCGUCAUAGGUCAGCUUUUAUUUUCAAUACUUUAACCAUCGGUUGGGAAGGAAGGGCCUCGUUUUUGUAAGCAGUACGUGUAGAUUUCUUUUCAUACUGCCACUUUCUUUCUCUUACAAUGAACUCUUUAUUUUCUGACAACAUAGUCUUAGCAGAAGAGGUGCUAGUGUGUAAUUUCUUUUCUAAAUAAAUUAUUUUUCUUUUGACAAAAAAGAAAACACAAAACAUGCCUAUACAAAAAAAAAAAGAGUUGACACUUGAUUGUGUUAGGCUUCUAGGGCCCAGAUGUCUUACCAGUAUGUGGGGUUGAUGUUCUCUGUACCGAACCUCAUGCUUCCAUGUGUGACUUAAAGUUUCACUUCUGAGAUUUCUCUGCUUUGAAUUUUGCAGAUAUGAUCGUUCGGCUUCAGAUACAAGUCUUUGGAAAUCAGUCCACCCGUGUAAUUGUCCAUAAGUCCUUUUUUGCUUGGUUCACAGAUGUUUAGUCCUGAUGGAAGCAACACAUGAAGUAGUUUGACCUGACUUUUUUCUUUUUCACAUUUAAGUUUGCCUUCAUUUUCAUCGUAUUUCAUGUGAAGCUUUUUUGUUGAGAAAUCUACCUUUUUGAACACAUGCUCAAUCCAAAGAUUUUUGUUUGUCAUUCUGCAGUGCGUAGAAACAGUUCUUGACGUAGCUCGUGCAAGUACUCAUGUGUGCUUUUACUGUCGCACAUAACCUAUAAUAUACAUUGAACUAAAUAUGUUUAAUUGCAUAUAUUAUAUCCCCAUCCGUAUGACAUAGAGUAGAGACGAGUCUGGUUCUGCUGAGGUGGUUUUGAGGUUUUGUUUGUGAUUGUUUCUUCCUUUCUGUAGAACUUAUGGCCAGUUGAAUUGUGGUGCUGCAAAAGGUUAUUUCACAAGAGAAUGUCGAGAUUUUCUAAGCUGGAAAGGAGGUUUCAUGAUUGAUGUCAUUUUGUCUCAGAAUAAUAGCUUGGAGUUGUUGUUGUUUUUUUUAACCACAGUCUCAAUGAAGAGUAUGAAAUCUACAAAUAUAAAAAAUAAAAAUAAAUAAAAAAGUCUGUUUUUUGCUUUUAAGGAAAGAAACUCCUCUUAGUACAUCGCUGGAGCUAAAGAAAAGAGAAAACACAUCUGGGAAACAUAGUCAUUAUUACAGGAUGUAAAAUACUAUUGCAUUUUUUUUCUUACCUUGUUUCUUGAUGUUAAUAUCGAUGUAAAUACAAAUUUAUAUUUAAACAUUA